UUCGACAUUCUCUGCUGCCAACUAUUGUUUUGCAAAACGAUUGGCUCGAAUUGUGCUUUCUAUAGCUUUCCGCUCAUCUCCUAAUGGCCAGCCCGCCUUAAUUGAUCAAUCACCUUAGCACCUUCUGAUAGCUGUUCGAUCCUUUAACGAAACAAGUUUACCGAAACAAUGGAUUCGUUUCACGUAUAAACAUUACGUCGGGUCUAAGCCUUUUCCCGACGACAACGACAAAACACGAACAUUCGCGCAUGUAUAUACAUGUAAUCUCACGAUAACGAUACUGACCGCCGCUAGUAAACAGUAAUUUUAUACUCGCUACAACAAAUUCUUGCAUAAUUAUGUUAGAACCAUUCCAUCUUUCGAUAAGUUACAAGGAUAAAUUGCGCAAUUGCCGUGUAAAAUUCACUCGACGCUGUAUAAGGCAGAAAAGUUUACGGAUUCUCUGUGCCCGGUAUGGAUAAAUUUCUUUUCUGCAAAAUUUCACUUUUGACUCUCGGAUUGAGAACGAGUGGACUGGAACUGCCAUCGGUAGAUCGAAUCGUCGAUGGAGCAUUUAUCGAUAUCAAGAAUGUGCCGUAUAUGUUGUCGUACAUGGUAAACGAUAAUCACGCGUGUGGUGCUGCUGUCAUAAAUAACGAAUGGGGAUUAACCGCUGCACAUUGCGUUAUUCCAUUUGUCGAUAAUCCCUCGGUUUUGAUAAGCGUCCGUAGUGGAUCCAACAGACACGAUGCUGGUGGAACUAUCCACAAUGUAACGACGUUUUCUUACCAUGAAAAGUACAAUGACGAAAACAAUGAUUACGAUAUCGCAGUGUUUAAGGUGCAUCCACCGUUCGAUUUUAACGAUAAGACACAACCAAUUAAGUUGCCUGAAAGCACUGCAUAUGUUAACACAAACUGGGGUUUAGUUGCCGGUUGGGGCUACUUCAUCGACUCCGAUCCGAUAUUAUCGGAGAAUCUACAAUACGUUAUUGUGCCAAAAGUGAAGAAAGAGACGUGCAAGCAAGACUACGAGGAUAGAUAUGAAAUAACAGAGCACCAAGUUUGUUACGGGUUUUCGCAAGGAGGAAAAGAUGCAUGCAAAGGUGAUUCCGGUGGUCCACUAGUUAACAACGUUACCGUAAUCGGUAUAACUUCGUGGGGUUAUGAUUGCGGUCAACCAAACUCGCCUGGCGUUUACACCGACGUUAUCGAUCUAGUAGAAUGGAUUAAAAAUAAAACUAUGUCAACUCUAUAAAUUGCUCAAUAAUUUUAAUUAAUCUGUCUUACACUUUCAA